AUGUUCUCCAGAGCUCUGAGAGUGCCCCGAGGGUUACCUCUACGUUCUAGGGCUCAUGCUUCUACUUUUCUUUCCAAGCGAUCCGUGACAACUGAUGCUGCCUCCGCCUCCCUACACAAUGGCGUUCCUCAGUCCGAAGACGAACCUUUCCAGGUCACUCUAAGUGACGAGAGCUUCGAGACGUACGAGCUGGACCCUCCUCCGUAUACGAUUGAGGUUACCAAGAAGGAGCUCAAACAGAUGUACCGCGACAUGGUGAGCAUUAGACAGAUGGAGAUGGCCGCAGACAGAUUGUACAAGGAGAAGAAGAUCCGUGGAUUCUGCCAUUUGUCUACUGGACAAGAGGCUGUUGCCGUGGGCAUCGAACAUGCCAUUACCAAGGCUGAUGAUGUGAUAACUGCCUACCGAUGCCACGGCUUCGCGCUCAUGCGUGGUGGCACAGUGCGAUCCAUCAUCGGUGAGCUUUUGGGUCGACGUGAAGGCAUCGCUUACGGCAAGGGUGGUUCAAUGCACAUGUUCUCCAAGGGUUUCUACGGUGGCAAUGGCAUUGUUGGUGCUCAGGUCCCCGUCGGAGCUGGCCUCGCGUUUGCCCACAAGUACAAGGAUAGCAAGACGGCCAGCGUGAUUUUGUACGGUGACGGUGCCAGCAACCAGGGCCAAGUCUUUGAGGCUUUCAACAUGGCCAAGCUGUGGAACUUGCCCGCUCUCUUUGGCUGCGAGAACAACAAGUACGGUAUGGGUACUUCUGCCGCUCGUUCUUCUGCUUUGACCGAUUACUACAAGCGUGGGCAGUACAUUCCGGGUCUCAAAGUUAACGGCAUGGAUGUCCUGGCUGUCAAGGCUGCCGUCAAGUAUGGCAAGGAAUGGACUGGUGCUGACAAGGGGCCCAUGGUUCUCGAGUACGUCACCUAUCGCUACGGUGGUCACUCCAUGUCCGAUCCCGGAACCACCUAUCGUACCCGCGAAGAGAUCCAGCGGAUGCGUUCCACCAACGACCCCAUUGCUGGAUUGAAGCAGAGGAUUCUGGACUGGGAGGUGGCCAGCGAGGAGGAGCUGAAGAAGGUCGACAAAGAGGCUCGAAGCCAUGUCGCCGAGGAGGUGGCUAUUGCCGAGGCCAUGGCCGUUCCUGAGGCUAAACCAUCCAUCCUGUUUGAGGACAUCUACGUUCGCGGUACCGAACCUAACCACAUUCGUGGCCGAACCCCUGACGAGAACUUUUACUUUGCCUAA